AGGGGUGGAGUUUAGGCAGAAACUUCCUUUGGAGACAGAGCGGCCCAGCACACAUAAGAGGAGGAUCCAAAUUUGCUAAUGUCUGGACGCGGCCGAUUGCGUGUUGCUGUCAUUGGAGCCGGGGCAGCUGGACUGUGUGCUGCGCGUCACCUUCUCUCCCGUCCUGAGCUUUUUGCUCCACCUGUAGUGUACGAACAGACCAAGUAUGUUGGGGGAACAUGGGUGUACGAGGAAGAGGUGGGUCAGAGGCAGAAUGGCAUGCCCAUUUACAGCAGCAUGUACCGGGAUCUCAGGACUAACAUCCCAAAAGAGGUGAUGUGCUUUCCCGACUUCCCCUUUGAUAGCCACCUCUCCUCAUAUGUGCAUCACACUGAAGUGAGGAAGUAUUUAGAAAAAUACUGUGACCACUUCAACAUCAGGGAACAUAUUCAGUUCAAUAUAACAGUGGAUGCUGUGAAACCAGUGAAGAUGGAAAGCGGAUGGCAUGGCUUAGCUUGGGACAUCACCUCUAGCGAUGGGAUUGAUCCAAAUACUUCAGUCCAGAGGCGAUUUGAUGCUGUCUUGGUGUGCAAUGGACACUUCUUUGACCCUUACAUGCCACCAAUCCCUGGCCUUGCCAAAUACACAGGUUCUGUGAUGCAUAGCCACACCUACCGCAGUGCAGAGCCUUUUGCUGGGAGGUCAGUGGUGGUGCUUGGAGCUGGACCGUCCGGUUUGGACAUAGCUAUGGAGCUCGCCAGUGUUAACGCACAGGUGGUGCUGAGCCACGGGCAGAAGCGCCUGAAGGGCCCUCUUCCUCCAGGGGUGCGGCAGGCGCCCCCCGUGUCCAAAGUCCUGGAAGACGGCACCCUGGAGUUUCAGGAUGGCCAGCUGGCGCGGCCUGAUGUCUUCAUGUUUUGCACCGGGUACAACUACAAAUUCCCCUUCCUGGACGAACGAGUGGGUGUGGAGGUGAAGGAGCACAUGGUCUAUCCGCUCUACAAGUUCCUCAUUCCACCAGCGUUUCCAUCUCUCUUCAUCGUUGGACUCUGUAGAGCCAUCUGCCCCUUCCCACAUUUUCAUAUGCAGAUUCAGUUCAUCGUGUCUGUGCUGGACGGAUCUUUCCCCCUCCCGUCUCCAGAGGAGAUGGAGGAGGACAUUUCACUGGAUGAAGCUGCUCGCCAUGACAGGGGCAUCGCCACACGGCACAUCUUGAAACUUGACUCAGACCAGUGGGCGUACAACCAAGACCUUGCUCGUAUUGGUGGUUUCAAACCACUUCCUCCAUACUGGAGAAGCCUGUAUGAGUCCAACAAAGCGUUCCGCUCCAAGGACAUGCAGAACUACAAGAGCUUCAACUACAGAGUGCUGGGCGAUAACGAAUGGAUGGUGCUGGGCCCACAAGGACAGCCUCUUCCCAAACCACUCCCUUAAAAAAUGCUGAGUAAAUGAACCUAUUGUAGACUAAACACAUCACAAAAAAUAAAUACAACAAUUAAAAUGUGAUCUUUGGUGGCAGUUGCUGUUGACCCACCCCUGACCCCAAGGAAAAGAUGUCCCAUCACUAACAACAAAGAUAUUUUUUAGAGAUUGUAUUUUGGC